UGUUCGCCCAGGGCGCCAAACAGGCUAGGACCGCCACUGGUGGGGUGAGUGGUCCUGUCGUGCUAAGGAGAGCGGAGAUGCGGGAUGAUGAUGCACCUUGGACAAAGGAGCGAGCGGGGGGAGGUGAUAGAGACAGAUGAGUUUGUGGCACUCUUGAGAUGCAGCCGUUUGGAUCUAGCUUAAGAAAAAAAGUGUACACCUGCAUCUAGUUCAUCCCGAAGUGUCUGUGAGCUGCUGGCUGGCAUUAUGAGUGAAGAAAAUGAAAGCUUUUAUUUGAACAAGUCAGUGACCGAGAUGGAGCUCUUCCAAAACCUCGUGGACAUAGACGUGACCGCAGACCGGACCCCGCUUCUGAGAUUCUUCAUUUGUCUGGUGUAUUCGGUCGUUUGCGCUGCGGGUCUGGUCGGCAACCUGCUGGUCCUCUUCUUUAUCAGGGUCAAACAAGAAAGGAAGAAGUCCAGAGUGAACUUUUUCGUGUUCAAUUUGGCCGUUACGGACCUGCAGUUUGUUCUCACCCUGCCUUUCUGGGCCGUGGACACCGCGCUGGACUUCAGCUGGCCGUUUGGAUAUGCAAUGUGCAAAAUCAUCCUGUCCGUCACCGUGAUGAACAUGUACGCCAGCGUGUUUUUCCUCACCGCCAUGAGCGUGACCCGCUACUGGUCGGUCGCUUCUGCCCUGAAGAACAGAACCGCGCGGAGAUCGUGCUCCGCCAAAUGGGUCUGCGCAAUUAUUUGGACACUGGCGACUCUGGCGACUGCGCCCACGUCGAUUUUCUCAACAGUCACCAGCGUAACUGGAGAAAAACUGUGUCUGCUGAGGUUUCCAGGUGGACAGUACUGGUUAGCACUCUACCACAUACAGAAAAUCGUCGUAGGCUUUGUUUUGCCCAUGUCAAUCGUGUCCAUCAGCUACAUCAUGCUGCUGCGCUUCAUCCGCAAACGGAGUAUGAAAACCAGCAACCCCAAACGCAGAUCCCAAGUUACAAAAUCUAUCACCAUCGUCGUGCUGUGCUUCUUUCUUUGCUGGAUGCCAAAUCAUGCCAUGACCUUGUGGAGCGUACUGGUCAAACUGAACGCUGCAAACUGGGAUAAUGCGUACUACACGGUUCAUACGUAUGUGUUCCCACUGACCGUGUGUCUGGCGCAUACCAACAGCUGCCUCAACCCAAUCAUUUACUGCCUAAUGAGAAAGGAGUUUAGGACCAAACUGAGAGGUCUGAUACACAGAGGAUAGUGGGUGUUUUGUCGAGUCCUGCCGAUGAUUUUACGCAGGGCGAAAGGUGUUGGCAGACAAUGACGCGCUUAAUGCGCACGCAGAAAACGAGCCACAACAACCAGAAUAAACAAUCAGGCCGAGCAACAUCGUGUCAAGACUCAGAAACUUUUAAUUUUGAUGAGUGUUUCUUGAUUUUAAAGUCUACUACAUCUACUAUUUUAAAGCGUAAUGUGGCUGAAUCGUUUAGCUUGUAGGGCUGGGCUCUAUAGAAUCACCUAUUUUGUGUAAAAACUAGUCCAAAUAUGAACAUUAUGGCACAACAGCUGUUCACCAAAAUGAUCUAUGAUGUUUGUGAGUGUCUCUAGUUCAAAGUCCGCACGUAAUUGCGCAUGACAAUAUGCUUAGGUGUGCUGGUGGUGUUACUGCACAGUGAGUGGCUAAACGCCUUUUACAUCCUUCGGUGAAUGUCUUGGCAAAUACUGUUAACAGCGUACACACAACCGCACUUAAAGUCUUCACCGGCUUGAAGCAAAGAGGUGAAAGUUGCAGGUCACGUGUUUCAUUUUCUUUUUUUAGACAUCAAUCAUUUACAGGUGCAAAGAGACACAAAAGACAAACUGAAAUAUGAUUGUUGGAAAUACCGAGAAAAAUGUAUGUACUCUUUGUGUGUGUGCUAAUAAAACUGUUCUUCAGUUGUCACGUGGGUCAGUUAUCCUCACAACUAAUGAAACGGGUGAUCUGAUUAGCAGGUGUUUACCGGUUUGACUCAUGAGCAGCUGAUGUGACGGUGAACAGAACAUGAAAACAGAACUGCCGCCCGUCUCCUCACCGCUUAAUGACGGAAGCUGGUGAUCUCAAAUGAAGCGACUUUGUAAUGGCUUUGCGUCCUCACUUACUCAUCAGAUGAAAAGAAGAGCCUCUCAAUGAGCAGGUGUCAGGUAAAUACAAGUUACACAUUCAUAUCAGAGAUUAUGGUCUAUUUUUGGAUGAACACUGGACAGCUGCUGACUGAAUUGAACUAAAUGUAAAAUGUCGAAUUAAAAAGAGGGAGACAAGUUUUUCUUUAAUUUACUAAUGCGUGUAUACUUUUUUUUAAACAGUAGCUAAGCUUUCCUAAAUAUUUCUGUUCUAUUAAAAAGCCAGAAAUGCGACACGUGAUCCUGUAAACAGAAAUAUUUGUCACUCACUGUGCUUUCGAGAAAGCGAGCUCGUUACUAUAUGCAUCAUUCAUCCUUUAAAGUGCAGAAAUGUUUUUUUUAAGUAAUAUAUGCAUAUAUACAUGCAAAUGAAACUUCGAUAACAAUUAGAAACUGUUCAUUUCUUUGUAAGUGAGAAAACUUCAACAAAAUCAGGACGGGAUCAAAUAAAUAAUUGUUUUAAUAAACAACCCAAAGCUCAACAGCAUAUGAAACAGUUAUCUACUGCUUGUAUAAAAUAGCUACAGGUACAAAGAUAAAAUUGUGAAAGAGCCCUUUUUCUGCAUUUGGUGACGUUUGCUUUUAUGAGCAAAGAUCUUUGACUAUGCAUAAAUCCAAAAAACUUCAACAAAGUAUUUUUAAAAAGACAAAAUAACUCGUUUAGAUUUAUCACAAUGAUGUAAAUGGCAAAAAGUUUAAAUGUAUCAAUCAAAGCAUCUUUUUCCUAAAGUUUAAACAGGAAGUUCUACAUGUUUUCCUUACUCCCCCCCCCCCCACUUCACCACCAUUACAGGUACACUGAUAUCAUACAAACAGGUAACAGAUGUGUCUUAAUUGGCAUUGCUCAUAUUGGGAGGACACAUCAUAAAUAUGCCACCAUGAUUUAAGUUUUAGCAAGUAAUUUUAGUAAGUAAAGUCAGCAGAAAAUGAAUGUAAAUUCGAUGUCGUUCACGAGCUGACACCUGAGCUGGCAUACAGAUGCACUUCUCAUGUACACAUGUAGUUUGCAUGGUGGUGAACUUGGAGUCACCACAACAUAUGCUCAGUGGGAAUUUAAUGGCCAUAAAUCACUGAGUUUCCCACCACCUGUUACAAAGUGUGGCAGCAUGGAGAGCAGCGGCAUUGUUAGUCAAAUGAAUGACUGCUGGGCGACUAAAAAAUGUCUUUGUUGUACUCUGAAUUAUAUCAGGAAGUCGUAGGCAGGGAUGGAAACAUGAGGCAACCAGAGCUGUGAAAAACCAGAGAUUACUGUAAAAAAGAACUUU